UCAAGCGCGGCCAGUGUGAGCACCGACGAUCUCUAUCAAGCCAAAUUCGCGAUUAUUUUCGAAUACAACACGAAAAAUGAUAUAUCGCGAGUUGUAUGCAAAUCGCAAGGGAGUGCCGAUGCCGAGGCGUCGAACUUGAGUGAGAAUUUCGUUUAAAUAGCCGUUAAACGUGUGACGUUGUUCGCUCCUAGCUCUGGCCGGAUCAAUAUCUCAUCGUACUCCGCCUCACAAUUCGAAGUUCCUCACUCCGGUGUAAUAGACGGGUUUGAGUUGAGGUUCCGACCGCACACAACACAUCAAGAAGGCUUUCUGCUCCGAUUUUACGCGGCUAAUAAAAAAAAUGUUUGUCGAUUAAUUCGGUUCGCUUCGUUCCUUUUUUUUUAAUUUUAAAUUUAUUUCGCCGGGGCAAAAUGAAAACCCGCACGUUUUCCGUUUGGUUCCUGCCCGCACUUUAUUUCACCACUUGCCUCGGGUCGAGUCCAAAAAUUAAUUUCCGCGAAAAGGAAAAAGAAGUGCUGGAUCAGAUACUGGGACCUGGCCGUUACGACGCCCGUAUCAGACCAUCGGGGGUUAACGGGACUGUGGUAGGAGACGGACCCACGGUAGUUUACAUCAACAUCUUUCUACGGUCUAUCAGCAAAAUAGACGAUUAUAAAAUGGAAUAUAGCGUUCAGCUGACAUUCCGUGAGCAAUGGUUGGACGAGCGGUUGAAAUUCAACGAUUUCCACGGUCGCUUAAAGUAUCUUACGCUCACUGAAGCAAACAGGGUCUGGAUGCCAGAUCUCUUUUUCUCGAAUGAAAAAGACGGCCAUACUCAUAAUAUCAUUAUGCCCAAUGUAUACAUUCGCAUUUUUCCUUAUGGUUCCGUACUGUACAGUAUUAGAAUAUCGUUGACGUUAUCCUGUCCUAUGAAUCUAAAGCUUUAUCCUUUAGAUCGUCAAAUUUGCUCAUUGAGGAUGGCAAGUUAUGGCUGGACUACGGCCGAUUUAGUAUUUUUAUGGAAAGAAGGCGAUCCUGUUCAGGUUGUAAAAAAUUUACAUUUACCUCGCUUCACUUUGGAAAAAUUCCUAACCGAUUACUGUAACAGCAAAACAAACACCGGGGAAUAUAGUUGUCUAAAAGUCGAUCUCCUAUUCAAACGAGAGUUCAGCUACUAUUUGAUACAAAUUUACAUCCCUUGUUGUAUGCUGGUAAUAGUUUCCUGGGUGUCGUUUUGGUUAGACCAAGGCGCUGUGCCGGCUAGAGUGUCUCUAGGCGUGACUACGUUGUUGACGAUGGCGACUCAAACCUCAGGAAUAAACGCUUCGUUACCACCAGUUUCCUACACUAAAGCCAUAGACGUGUGGACCGGAGUGUGUCUCACGUUUGUGUUUGGGGCACUUCUAGAAUUUGCACUCGUGAAUUACGCGUCAAGAUCGGAUAUGCAUCGCGAAAACAUGAAAAAACAAAGAAGGCAAUGCGAACUCGAACACGCUGCAUCUUUGGACGCUACGUCCGACCUUAUUGACACGGAAAGUAACGCCACCUUUGCCAUGAAGCCGUUAGUACGUCAUCCUGCAGAUCCGUUGAAUAUGGAAAAAGCUCGCCAUUGCGAAGUCCACAUGCAACCACGUCCUAAUUGUUGCAGAUCGUGGCUUUCCAAAUUUCCAACUCGCUCUAAACGUAUAGACGUCAUUUCGAGGAUAACGUUUCCGUUGGUGUUCGCACUGUUUAAUGUCAUUUAUUGGUCGACCUACCUCUUCCGCGAAGAAGCCGAAGAAUCUUAAGUUAUAGUUUGUUAUAGGAAAUGGUUUUUUACUGUUAUGGACGUUUUCAGCCUGAUGAUCCGUCAAUAAAUUUCCUAGUUUAGAUCCGCUCCGCGUGCCUCCGUGCCGAUGGAUUCGUUGUUUUCGUGUUAAAUGGGGCUAUAGUAUAUUUGAUACGGAGAGAGAGUAAGUAAAAGCUUAAUUAAUAUCGGAGCGGUCUGCAUUAUCCUCUAACUUUAUUAUUUCACAUUUUAGAAAAACAAAGUUUAAUACGAAAAUUGUUGAGUUUAAUAUGUAGAUUUAAUAUUAUAUAUUUCAGGGCGAGGCAUAUCAAAGUGACAUCCUUUUAAAUUAGACGCCAUUUUAUUUUACAAAAAUAUAUAACACGUUAAAUUGAUGUCAAAAUUUGCCAAAAAUAAAAUCUGCACUUAGUUGGCCUUGGCGCCAGGUGAACGCCACGUCUUUUGUUUGCUUAUGAGAGCUGGGGCUAUAGUGAAUAUUAUUAUUGUCAAUAAUGUUUCACUAGACUAAAAGUUCGAAAUAUUGUUAUUGUAUAUAAUAAAAUGAAGAAAAUGCAAAUAGAGCUAGACUACACAGGGAAAAACUACAAUUUGUAGAAAAAAACUAGGCACUGCUUCUUAAAUCCUAAUGCAGAAUUAAAUAUCAACAAUCUAAACAAUUUGUUUAGAAAAAUAUAAUAUUUCCCUCGGGUUCUACUAGUUUUGGAAAAAUUUGGAGAACGUUAGAAAAAAUAAAUAUUAAAUUUACCAAAAUCGACGGAGGAAAAUAAGACUUAGCUAUUAGAGUUUUGUAGACAUUUGUUUCAAAUGUUUGACGAGGAUCUUGACCGAAGAAUCGAAUUUCAGCAAGGAAGCCCAAUAGAAAAAAAUGCUUCUAUUGGCAGGAAGGAAAUUGGGAAAAAAUAUUUGAUUGAUAACUAACCGACGAAUACCCUAAUCAAAACCAGCACAGGGGAUAUCAUCAGUUCGUUUGACUGAAAUCCUGUAGAUGUUUCGCGAUUCCAGUCGGAGUUCAACAAACGAACGGAUGAUAUCCCGUGUGCCGGUGUUGAUUCGGGUAUCCAUCGGUUAGUUAUUUGAUACUAAAGUAGAAUCGGUUGCCUGACGUUUCGCUAGAAUUCUGGCAUCUGUAGAGUCAGUUACACGUAUUAUUAAAUUCUACAACUUUUGUAUUAAACUUGUUUUUCCAAAAUGUAAAAUAGGAAACUUAGAAAGGGUAGCAACAUUUAUAAUGGAUUAUCCUUUGGUUUUAAAAUAAAAGCCAACAAAUUAAUAUUUAUAAAAUCUCAAACAGUAUCGAAUUCUUCCGCAGUUGGCUUCUAAAAUAACCACUAGAUACUCAGCUUUUCCCAAACUGUCCAAACUCUUCAUUCUUUAAGGUUGUUAAUUUAAUAGACAAUAGAUUCCGCACAUUGCCUCAAGAAUUAGUGAAUAUUAAAUUUAUUGCAUAUGUUAACAUUCAAGAAGAAACGUGCUAAACGUGGGUUUAGCAUUCAGACAUUUACUCUCUCUCAAACUCAACAAAUCUUAGAAUAAUUGUUGACGCGAAACAGUUAAGUUGAAAGCAAUAAAUUCUACACGUUGAACGAUGUAAAUUCAACCAGUUACCUGUUUAUUAUUGGUGCAAGCACUAAUAUUCUUGUGAAAAUAAAUAAUCCCGGAAAAUCUCGAAAAAAUAAGUUAAUAACAGACCUUACGCUGUUGACGGCAAUGGGACAAUUAAAUAGAAAUAAUUUCGCAUUGCUUUUGAUUGUUUUUGUUUCCUUUGAACGACUGACUUUUCGGUGUGAUAUUUUCAGCACAAUCAAGUCGACUGUUACUGUUACUGUCCUCGGACCGUUACUAAUACCCCGUUGAUUGGUUAGUUUUUUAGAAAUAUUCUCGAAGAAAUUACUCAGGUGAUGUAUCUUCAUCUCAUACGAAUAUUACGUGCUCAAAUAUUUUCCGACAAAAAAAAACACAAACGCAAUAACAACACGGUCAGAAUUUAAAAAACAAUUCUCGAAAUAACCUAAAAAGUUAUGUGUUGUGAUGCUGUAAAAUACAUUUAGCAGUGCCAAAAGUUUAUUUUAAACAUUUUUCCGACUGCAAUGUAAUAAAUUGUAAAUAGUCAUUAAUAUGAAGGUUCAUCGUCUUUUUUAGCACAAAUUAGGCUCAAAUCAUAAACAAACUAGUCGUUAUUGUAUUAUAAUGCACUAUUUCUGUACAGGGUAUCCCACAGUUGAUGAUUACCAAUAUUUUUGAGCCCUAUGAUUUCCUGUAGGUAAUUGUUGUGACGUCCUAUCUGCACUUACACACAUGCAAUUUAUGUUGCUGUAGAACAAAUAAACGUUUAUUAUAAACCUUUUAAGGCAGCGAAUAAAUGUCAUCAGGGCGUGCAAAAAUAGAGUUUUAGGUUUAGGUGGUUUCGAUUCCAACAUUCUUUCUGUCUAUGUGUUUCUCUAAACUGUGUCUAGGUGUUAAUGCCUGUCUCUUCUAUUUUAUUGCCGUUCAAUAGAUUCUAUAUCCGUAGACGAUGUUUUUCCCUCUUGUUCACUCUAAUUUUGCCUAACAUUAAAGUUUGUUUUUCGCCGUAGGAUCGAAAAUGUACCUAAUUCUUGGGCAGUGAAUAGAUUUCGCAUUCCGUUGUAUAAUUCGAUCUUAGUGUUAAGAAUGUGAUAAUUAGCCUAAAAGCAGUUAACGAACAGUUGUUAUACGCGACUUAAUUUAUUCCUAACAUGCGUUAACAAAGUAAUAUUAUAAUCGGUAUUAGUAGUUAGGUUCAGUUGUUUUAGAAGUCGGUACAUUUUCUAGAAGUUUGGGUUUGUGCAAAAAAUCGGAGACUGUUGGCCUGAGCGACAGCCAUAGAUCACCGGAAAAGAAUCUUCGUGUUUUCUUACAAUACAAAUAUAAACAAAAAUGCUACAGAGACAAUAAACGAAAAAUUAAUUUUGUACUGACGUAAAAUUCCUACAAAGUGCUUCGAGCGUUCUUCCGCUACCUAUUUCCAUUUUUUGCACAUUUUGUAACAAUAUAUUAUAGUUUAAGUCUCUUUGGCUGGCGCACAAAGUGACACUUGUUAACUAUUUAAAGUCGUCGUUCGACGAAGACAAGUGAAACUAAUAUUCUCGAAUCGAGUGUUUUAUAUUCUUAUGUCAAUAAACGUAGACAAAUUGAGGGUACAUAUUUUGAUUAAUUUUGUAUAUGGAUUUUUCUAGCGUAUAGACGAUUUUUAUUAAAAGAUUUUGGUAUAUGUACAUUUUCUUUAAUUGUUAAUUAAAAAUUACACACUACCACUGUAAUAAA